GUUCUAAUCUCCGCCAUGCCUUUCGUCAAGGUCAUAAAGAACACAAGCUAUUUCAAGCGAUAUCAGGUCAAGUAUCGCAGGAGACGCGAGGGGCUCACCGACUACCAGGCUCGAAAAAACCUGAUCGUCCAAGACCUGACCAAAUACGGCGCGCCAAAAUACAGACUGGUCGUGCGAUUCACCAAUAAAGACAUCAUCGCUCAAAUCGUUUUCGCGAAAAUCAAAGGCGACUUCGUUCUCUGCGCCGCCUACUCCCACGAACUCCCCAGAUACGGCAUCAAGCUCGGACUCACCAACUACGCCGCCGCCUAUGCGACUGGACUCCUUCUCGCCCGCCGCACCCUCGUCCGCCUCAACCUAGCCGACAAGUACAUCGGCAACGUCGGCGACACUGGCGAGGACUUCUCCGUCGAGCCCGCCGACCAGGGCCCCAGGCCCUUCAGGGUGCUGCUCGACAUCGGCCUCGUCCGCUCCACCACGGGACACCGCGUCUUCGGCGCCAUGAAGGGCGCUCUCGAUGGCGGCCUCAACAUCCCCCACUCGCCCAACCGAUUCGUCGGAUAUUUUGUCAACAAAGACUCCAAAAAAGAGUCCGAAUUCGACCCGUCCGUCCUCAGAAAAUACAUCUUCGGCGGGCACGUCUCGGAGUACAUGCAAUACCUCCAAAACCAAGACGAAGGACUCUACCAAAAGCAAUUCUCGAAAUACAUCUCCGCCGGCAUCGACCACACUCAGCUCGAAAACAUCUACAAAAAUGCUCACGCCGCCAUUCGCGCCGACCCCUCCUACACGAAGAAAGUACGCAACGUCAAACCUAAACGAUACAAUAUCAAAAAAUCCACCUACGAAGAACGCAAGGCACGCGUGAAGGCCAAACUCUCAAAACUGAUGGCCAAACACUCACUCACCGCACUAAAAGCCGCCGCCUGAAAUUCUCAAUAAAACCAGACUUUUUAUUUUCGA